AUGGACCUCGAUAAUGGCGACUCCCCGUGGGGCGAUGAGCCCUCAUCGUUCAAGGCCAGCAAUGCCCCUUCGAAGCCGGAUACCCAGGAGGAUACUUCAGCUCCCGCUCCCGCUCAACCCGCACUGUCCGAGAGCAGGGCCGAGGUUCGCACACCUGGAAGACGAGGCCCACGGGGCACUCGCAAGAUAAGCGCACAAGCGACACGAUUGGAAGCGGUUGAUGAUACUUUCGACCCACUUGGUCCUCUGGGAGAAGCACCGACGGAGACCAGUGCAACACCCACCGACGAAGCUCCGGCGCCGCCCCAGAAAGAAUCGCUUGCUGCACGCGGCCCUCAACCACCUUCAACCUUUUCGCAAAUCUCAGUUGCAGGAAAUCUGGCCGAUCCGAUUAACUUGGAAGAGGAUGGCACUGGAUUCCGAGGACCUCCGCCCGUACAGCCUGCAGCCGACGCAAUGGGACCAAAGCGACAGACACAGCCCAGCAUGAGCGUGGAACAGGCCGCAAAGCCCACAUUCGACAUUUCCGUCGGCGAUCCUCACAAAGUGGGAGAUCUGACUAGCAGUCAUAUUGUUUACCAGAUUCGGACAAAGACAUCGUCUAAAGCAUACCGUCAGCCAGAAUUUGCCGUCAGCCGUCGGUACCGCGAUUUCCUUUGGCUGUACAACUCCAUGCACAAUAACAACCCAGGAGUGGUUGUUGCUCCUCCACCGGAGAAGCAGGCUGUUGGUCGGUUUGAUACCAAUUUUGUCGAGUCCCGCAGGGCUGCUCUGGAACGCAUGUUGAAUAAGAUUGCUUCGCACCCAAUUCUCCAGCACGAUGGUGAUUUGAAGAUAUUCCUCGAAAGUGAGGCUUUCAAUGUCGAUGUCAAGAAUAAGGAGAACCGGGAGCCCGAUCUCGGCCAAAGUAAGGGCAUGUUUGGCUCAUUCGGCCUCUCUGUGGGCGGAGGAAGUAAGUUUGUGGAACAUGACGAUUGGUUCCACGACCGUAAGGUUUAUUUGGAUGCGUUGGAGAAUCAACUGAAGGCACUCAUGAAAUCCAUGGACACCGUUGUUGCGCAACGAAAGGGCCUUGCCGAAGCCGCAGGCGAUUUUUCGACCUCACUCCAUGCCCUCUCUGCGGUUGAACUCUCACCAGCACUGUCCUCGCCCUUGGACGGCCUGUCAGAGCUUCAAUACCGAAUCCGAGAACUUUAUGAACGCCAGGCCCAACAAGAUGUUUUGACAUUAGGAAUCACUAUUGACGAGUACAUUCGCUUGAUUGGCAGUGUCAAGACAGCCUUUGGACAGCGACAAAAAGCUUUCCACAGCUGGCAUUCUGCCGAGUCUGACCUUCAAAAACGCAAGAACACUCAGGAGAAGAUCCUUCGCCAGGGAAAAACACAGCAAGAUCGUUUGAACCAAGUCAAUGCCGACGUUGCCGAUGCUGAGCGCAAGGUACACCAGACUCGAUUGCUAUUCGAAGACAUGGGUCGUUUGAUGCGGAAUGAGCUGCAAAGGUUCGAGAAGGAGAAGGUAGAAGAUUUCAAAUCUGGCGUGGAGACAUUCCUGGAAAGCGCCGUAGAAGCUCAGAAGGAGUUGAUCGAGCUGUGGGAGACAUUCCUCUUGCGUCUCGAUGCUGGAGAAGAUGGUCUUCCGUACUAUGUUCCCCCUUCGUCUGGCAAUGCCGGUGAAGAAGUGACCCCUGGGUCAUCGCACGUUGACUCAGGACCAGUGGCCAAUGAUGAAGAGUGA